UAACCAAAAUGGAAUGAAGGACUUUGUUAUAGGAAAACCCGUUACUAGUUUAAAAAAAACUUAACUUUUCUAACGGUUUUCUGUACAUUGCGCUUUAAGUAUAAAUAUCGAGUACUUUUGGAAAUUCGUCAUCAGUUAUCUGUAUCUAAUAACUUAACAAACAUUAAAUAUUUAACUUUAACAAAAUGUUCAAAUUCAUCGCUGUUAUCUUCGCCUUGAUUGCUUGCGCUGCUGCCAAACCAGGUUUGGUUGGUGCUCCUUUGGCUUACACUGCUCCUGCCGCCGUUGUUGCUGCCCCCGCUGGUGUUGUUACUGCUACCAGUAGCCAAUUUGUUGCUCGCAAUCACAAUGGUAUUGUCUCAACUCCCGUUGUUGCUCCCGUAGCCGCUCCUGUUAUUGCCAAGACUUUUGCCGCUCCCGUUGUUGCUAAGACUUUCGCUGCUCCUGUUGUAGCUCCUGCUGCUUAUGCUGCUGCUCCUUUGGCUUACACAGCUCCUUUGCAUUAUGCUGCUGCUGCUCCAGUUUUGUUCUAAGAUGCUUUAACUGUUGACGACUUUGUAUAAGAUUUUUAGUUAAAUAUAAAA